AUGGGCCACUACCCUACCGACGGCGCCCCCGCCCACGCCACCGCCGAGGAGCGCCAAAUCUUCAGCUACCUCACCCACCCGGACGACUCCUACACCCCCGAGGGCACCUACUGGGCCGACCUCCCCGUGCGCCAGCGCGUCUCCUUCGUGCACAAGGUCCAGAGCGCCGAGGCCAAGAGCGAGGCCAAGUCCGUGUGGCGCAUGAUGCGCGAGGACCCCCUCAGCCCCCUCGGCUGGUACGUCCGCAACGCCGUCCUGCCCGGCGCGGGGCUCGGUCUCGAGGGCUACGUGCUCUUCUCUAUCGGGAACCUCGAGCCCCUCUUCAAGGCGACGUGGCCCGAGUGCUGGGGCAAGGACCCUACCGUGUGCAGCCCCAACUGGAUCGCCAGCGUCACCUACCUCGAGGUCAUCGGGAUCAUGGUGGGCCAGAUUGGCGUGGGUUUCAUCGGUGACUGGAUCGGUCGCCGCUGGGGUCUUAUCCAGGAUGCCGUCAUCAUGUUUGUCGGUCUUCUCAUGCUCACCGCGAGCUGGGGCCUGACGUUGCAAGGCUGGGUCAUCUGCUACGCUUGGUCUCUCUUCUUCUACGGUUUCGGUGUCGGCGGCGAAUACCCCAUCACCGCCACCUCCUCCAUGGAAAACGCCGUCAGCGCCGGCAAGCUCUCCACCCGCGAAGACCGCCUCCACCGCGGCCGCAAAGUCACCAUGGCCUUCCUCAUGCAAGGCUGGGGCCAGCUCGUCAACCAAGGCCUCCUCAUGAUCCUACUCCUCUGCUUCCACCACGGCAGCGGCAACCCCCUUACAGCGCCCCGCCAGCUCGAGAUGGCCAAGCGCCGCAGCAACGUGACGGGCUACGACGUCGCCUCCUCAAGAUCGCCUGCCGCCAUUUCGGCGGCCGCCUGCUCGCCACCGCGGGUACCUGGUUCUGCAACGACCACCAGCGUCAUGACCAUUUGGGUGUGGAACAUGAUCAACGUCAUCGUCUCCCUCGUCGGCUACUACUGCGCCUCCCUCCUCAUCGACCACAAGCUCUACGGCCGCAAGAUGAUGCAGCAGGUCGGCUUCCUCAUGUGCUUCGUCAUGUUCGUCAUCCCCGCUUUCCACUACCACUACUACACCCAGCCCAUGAACAUCCACGCCUUCCAGGCCAUGUACUUCCUCAGCAGCUUCUUCAACCAGUUCGGCCCCAACAGCGUCACCUUCCUCGUCGCCGGCGAGGUCUUCCCCACCCCGAUCCGCGCCACCGCCCACGGUAUCUCCGCCUGCAUCGGCAAGGCCGGCGCCCUCCUCGCCAGCGUCCUCUACAACUACAUCGACACCCAGACCAAAUUCUACGUCGUUCCCUGGUUCGGCCUCCUCGGCAUGGUCCUCACCUUCUUCUUCCUCCCCGACACCACCGGCCUCGACCUCAAGGAGCAGGAGCGCCGCUGGGUCUGCAUCCGCGACGGCCGCGAGUCCGAGUACCACGGCGUCGCCGUCCACCCCACCCACCUCAGCUGGUGGGAGCGCUUCCGCGGCGUCCACAAGACCUACGACCCCGCCCAGGACAUGAAGGACAAGAUUGAGGAUAUCCGCCGCGAGUGGGAGGUCAAGGAGCAGGAAAAGGCCGAGCUCGAGGUCAACGGCAACCCCGCCGCCCUCUCCGACCUCGACGACGACGACGUGUUUACCGAUCGCGUGCACGGCUACUUCAAGGCUACGUCUCCCCAAGGACGACGAAAAGGCUAA